AUGUUGCCACAGAUAGCACCAUUCUGGAGUCGAAGGCUUAUAGGCCUGCUCCCAUUUUCGACUGCUUCAUUUGUCUGUAAGCAGCAGCGCUAUGCUCCUCAACGAGCCUUCUCCGCGCCGGCAGCGCGGCAGCCAGAAACACUAUCACCGGCAAUGCAGAGCAAGAUGUCACACGAAAGAAAUCAAUCUGCCUUGUACUAUGCUAUGAGCGUAAUUAUCGGAACAAUUGCUCUCGCAUAUGGGUCGGUUCCCAUGUACAAAAUGAUAUGCCAGCAAACCGGCUGGAAUGGUCAGCCCAUUCAAACCCUCCGCACAGAAAAAGACCCUGCCUCCCGCCUCAAACCAGUAACCUCUUCCCGCCGACUACGAAUUACCUUCAACGGAUCCGUGUCCGAUGUCUUGCCUUGGAAGUUCACACCCCAACAGCGGGAGGUAAGAGUUCUACCAGGUGAAACCGCGUUGGCAUUCUACACGGCAACGAAUAAGGGACCAAAUGAUAUCAUCGGGGUUGCCACGUACAGCGUGACUCCCGCACAGGUUUCGCCGUAUUUCAGCAAGAUCCAAUGCUUUUGCUUCGAGGAGCAACGACUUAGUGCGGGAGAAUCGGUUGAUAUGCCAGUGUUCUUUUUCAUCGACCCUGAUUUUGUCAAUGACCCUGCCAUGAGAUCAAUUGACACCAUUACCCUCUCGUACACCUUCUUUAAGGCUCGAUAUGAUUCAAAUGGGGUGCUGAAGCCAGAACCAGGGAUGGCGACUCCCUAG